AUGGCCGAUAAACUUCGUACUCUCCAAAAUCUUGAGGCUUUACAAGCUCGCUACGUCGGAACCGGCCACGCGGAUACCACAAAGUAUGAAUGGACCUCGAAUAUCAUUCGCGAUAGCUAUGCGUCGUACGUUGGCCACCCACCACUCUUGCAGUACAUGGCAAUCGGAAUGGGCGAGCCCAAAGAGAAAGUUAGAGCUAUGAUGUUGGAGAAGAUGGUUAGAGGAGCAGGGGAUCCGCCGGAGGUACAAGAAUAA